UUUCAUACUGCUCUUGUUAACAAAUAGAAAAAAAAAAAACGAGAGCAAAUGAUGUGCAAUUUGAUCUUAUAAAUAUAAAAAAAAAAAAGACUAUUUUGUGUUCCAUUUAACUAUCUCGUAAAGUCAUCUAAUUAAAGUCAGAACAUCGAGCCAGAUAGAGUCAAAAAAAAUCUAGAGUUGAAAAAAAAUAAACACCUUUUGAUAAAAAUAUUUAGAAAAAUUUUCUAUUAAAUCCAUCAGGUUUUAAAAUGACCAAGAAUUUUUUUUAUCAAUGUUUUAAAAUCUCACUUUUAAUCCUCUUUUUAAAACAAGUUUUAAAUGGAAAAUUCUUGUUUUUUAUUUUCUUCAAGAUAUUGGUGACAUUUUCACCAGGUAGAAUUUAUGAUAGUAAUCUUAAUCCAGCACUUUCUUAAUAUAUUCUAUAUUUACUUUGAUGAUUUGUCUGGAUGUAAGAAUUAAGCUUGAAAAAUAAAAUAACAAGAUGAAUAACAUUGACCUGAGUUACAGAAUUAAACUCAUGAUAUGUAAGUGAGUUUUUGUAUAUUUUAUUCAGUGUUUACACUCAGUUUGCUUGUUGAAUAAGUGAGUUCUAUACUCUUUCAUGUGAGUGUUCUGUGUUGAUAUCAUGAUGUUCCCAGUUAUAACUUAUAAUAUUGUCAGACAAAGAAGGGGUCUCAUCUACACUGUAGUUGUUUUUUUUAUUUUUUUCGUUUUUUAAACUUCAGUCUGUUAGUCACUCUCGACAGCUCGUUGCGAUUAGACUUAAUCAUUAACUUAUAGAUAAAUUUUUUUAUCAUAUCUAUAAAAACAAUUUAACGAAAUUUAUUAAAAAAUCGUAAAAAGGAAUUACAAGAUUUGAAAAAAAAUAACAAAGUGGAUGUUUAAGUAUUUUUCCAAGUUAUAAAAAAAAUUAUUAUUUACAUUUUUUUUUUCUUUAAUUAAUUUUGGUUUAAUUAAUAAAUAUUAGAAAAAAAAAAAUAUUGCAUGGACAUUGAAGUAUUGAAGUUGUACCGGUGAGUUGUGUAAUUUUUUAUUGAAAAAAAUAAUCAAUUUAUUGUUAAAUAAAUAUCAUACACAUGGUUACUGACAACAGUGAUAAAGUAACACAAGUCAGUAUGACCAAGGACAAACAGUCAUGGUUUCGAGGUGUACGAAGCAGUAAAUUUCGUCAUGUUUAUGGUGUACCAGCAAAGCGUGAUAAAUGUUAUGAUAAUAUUAAAAUAACUAAGAACGCUCAUGAUUCACAAUUUUGUUGUGUUAAUCCAAAAUUUUUGGCAGUUGUUACUGAAGUUGCUGGUGGUGGUGCAUUUCUUGUCAUCCCACUAGACCAUACUGGUAGAUUGGAUUUUAAUGCACAUCGUGUUACCGGACAUAAAGGUCCAGUUUUAGAUAUUAAAUUUAAUCCAUUUAAUGACAAUGUCAUUGCUUCUUGCUCUGAUGAUUGUACUAUUAAAUUGUGGCAUAUACCUGAUGCUGGACUAUCAAGAAAUCUUACUGAAUGGCUAGUUGAACUUCAAGGACAUAAACGUAGAGUUUCAUAUAUUGAAUGGCAUCCAGUUGCUGAAGGUGUAAUUUUUAGUGCUGGUUUUGAUCAUUUAAUUAUUGUUUGGGAUAUUAAUCGUGGUGAAGCUAUUAAUAUUAUUGAUCAUCAUCCAGAUGUUAUUUAUAGUAUGUCAUUAAAUAGAGAUGGUAGUCUUCUUGCAACAACAUGUAAAGAUAAAAAAUUAAGAGUAUUUGAACCUCGUUCAGGAAUUGUUGUCUCUGAAGGAAUAUGUCACAGUGGAACAAAAGCUAGUAAAGUUAUAUUUCUUGGUGAUUCAGGAAGAUUAUUGACAACUGGAUUUAGUCGUCAUUCAGACAGACAGUAUGCUGUUUGGAGUCAACAUGAUUUAUCAAAUUCACUAACAUGUGAAACAAUUGAUUCAUCAAGUGGUAUUGUUUUUCCAUUUUGUGAUAAUGAUACUAAUAUGGUUUAUCUUGCUGGAAAAGGUGAUGGAAAUAUUAGAUACUAUGAAAUUGUCAAUGAAGCUCCUUACAUACAUUAUCUAAGUCAAUUUAUAUCUGGUAAUCCUCAAAGAGGUCUUGGCGUCAUGCCAAAGCGAGGAAUAACAACAAGUGCAUGUGAAGUUUUUAGAUUUUAUAAGCUACAUGCAAUUAGAGGAAUGUGUGAGCCAAUAUCAAUGAUUGUUCCUCGUAAGAGUGAUCAAUUUCAAGAGGAUUUAUAUCCUGAUACAGUUGGUACAACUCCUGCUUUAUCAGCAAAAGAUUGGAUCAGCGGAAUGAAUUGUCCGCCUGUUUUGAUAUCAUUAAAAACUGGUGGAGGAAUUACAACUCAUAAACCAAGAGUUUAUAAACCACCACAAAUACAACCAGCUGCUGAUGUUAAUACAAAGAAAAAAUUUGCUUUUCUUUCAACUGAAACAAUACCAGAUUAUCGAUCAGUUGAUUCACUUGACAUUGAAAAAAGUCAAAAAACAUCAAAUAAUCAAAGCACUAAAAUUCAUCAAUUACAACAACGUUUUGGAAAUGUUAAUAUUCAGCACAAUACAUCAAUGAAUGACAACAAGAAUCAUGAAUCAAUUGAUGUUCCCAAUAAUGAAGCUGAAUUACGUCUUGUUUAUGCAAGACAAACUGAAGAACUUCGUUUAGUUAAACUACAACUAACAACUAGUCAACGACGUGUUAAAGAACUCGAAGAGCAAAUAAGAAAACUUCAAAUACAUUAAAAUUUGAAACGACCAAUAAAAAAAAACAACAACAACAAUCAUUUAUUUAUGAUAAACGUAAUAUUUGUGGAGAUAAAAUUUACCAAAUAUAUACUUAAUUUUGCUGAUCAAUCAACAAGAAAACCUGCAAAAUUAUCGUAAAUGUUUUAUUAUUAUUAUUCUUAUUAUUAUUAAAUUUUAAAUAACAAAAAAAUAAUUGGUACAAAAACACAUGUGUGUAUAAACUUGUAAAUUUUUUUGUUUGUUUCUUCUUUGAAAAAAAACUUGAGCCAGCCUUCAGGCAAACUCUCAUUCCCAAUUAUUAUUACUAAUUUUUUUUUCCAUAUUUGUUUAAUGAAUUAAUUGUGUUUAUGUUUAUUGUUUUAAACAAUCAAAUUGUUUACAAAUAAUUAUUUAAAUUUAUGUUUAAUUUGACUGUUGAUAUUAUUUUUUUAUAUCGUUUUUCUUUUUUUUUUUUCGAAUUAAAUUAAUUGUAAAUUAAAUAAUGAUUUUCAUCUUUUUGUAUUUUUAGAUAUUGUAUGUAUUUUUUCAUACCUCAAUGUAAUUGAUAUUAUAAAAAUUAGCUAUAACUAUAUACGUAUGUGUGCAAAUAAUUUUUUUUUUUCAAAUUUUGUCUGCAUAUCUCAGUCCUUUAUAAAAUUUCAAAACACAAAAAAAAAUACAGUAAUGAUUUAGUGUGCCUUUGUAAAAUUAAUGCGAAUUCAUUUUUUAAAACUGUGUGUGUUUCAUAAACAAUAAACAAUUAAUAUAACAAAUUAAUAUAUAAAAAACGAAAAAAAAAAAUAUCCUGAAAUAGUUGUGAUUAAAUGAUAUAUUCAUAAAUAAAAAUAAAAUCAUAUUUUCAAUGAUUAAAAAUAAAAUUGAAUGACAUAAAUAAAUUAAUAAAUUUUGUCAAUUUAUGAAACUAAAUUUUAAAUAUUGAAAGAAAAAAAAUAAACAAAUUUUGCCAAUGUGCCAAUAAUUGGUGAGACUUUAAAAUUUUUAAAAAACAAAAUAAUAUAUCGCAUAAAUAACUUAGGCAUAUAAUUUAUAGUCUAACAACAGAUGCCUUAAAUGUAUUAAAUAAAAACAAAAAAAAAAAAAA